AUGCUGAAACUCCAGAGGCAGACACAAGAAAUCCCCAAAUUCAAUGUCAUUUUCAGCUAUCAGCUGUUUGCAGAAAAGUGGAAAAAAAAAACAAGCAGACUUCAUGUUUUGAAAUGGACACUUUCCUCCUCCCCUCACACAGUUUUUUAUGGAUCAUGGUUUGAGCACAUCCGUGGCUGGCUGUCCAUUAGAGAACUGGACAAUGUCCUGUUACUGAGCUAUGAAGACCUGAAAAGGGACCCAAGGGGAACUAUAGAGAAGAUCUGUGACUUCCUAGGAAAGAAAUUAGAGCCAAAUGAGCUGGAUCUGGUUCUCAAGCACAGCUCCUUCCAAGCCAUGAAGGAAAACAACAUGUCCAAUUAUAGUCUCAUCUCAGAAGACGUGAUUACUAAUGGUUUGAAGCUCAUGAGAAAAGGCACAACUGGGGACUGGAAGAAUCACUUCACAGUAGCCCAAGCUGAAGCCUUCGAGAAAGUGUACCAGGAGAAAAUGGCCGGUUUCCCUCCCGGACUCUUCCCCUGGGAAUAAGUUCUCACAACUUUUAAAUCUUGUGUGGAUCCCGGUGUUCACUUUUCUGUUGGUAAUGUGGAAGGCUGGGUAGAGUCAUGAAAUAAAUCCUCUUCAAGGAC